AUGCGUGCAUGUAUGAUCCGGCACGCGGAGCGCACACAUCACUAUAUACCAAACGUUGAGUGAAGCGGACGUGUGUUACCCUCCUAGAGUGCUGUGCAUCCCCAAAUCACAACAGUUCCUACAUUUUGUAUUUCGCUGCAGCAAGCGACUGUACUACGCAUCGCGUACGCAUACACGGCAAGUCUUACGACAGCGGCAUUAAAGCUUCCUUCACCCGGAACCUCGUGGGCGUUACGCACCGACGAAGAAGAUUCGAAUUGUGCAAAACACAACCGAGCAAAGGACAGCGAACCGCAUUAGCUAUAUACACAGAACAAUAGAGCGCGCGCGCGCGCAUCAGUGUGUGUGGGUGUGUGCGUACGUGUGUUUGGAAGUGGUCGAGAAAAGACACAACUGUAGCUUAUUUUUUUUAUUUUGGUUUGUUGUUUUAUUGUUGACCGUGUGGUGACCAUCAAAACCAGUGUUGGUGUGUGUGCUUGUCGCUGUUGCUGCAUACGGAGCGAAGGCGAGAACGCCGUAAAACCGACGCAGCAAUAAAAGGAAGAAGCAAAAACCGGGUGCAAUAAAACAUACACACACAUACGACCGGUCACACAUCCCUCAGAGAAAGGCAGCGAGCAGCGCAAAGCAAUAAUAAUGGUCGCCAGCGAGCCCGAGGACGACGUCCAAAAGAAUUCUCCACCUCCCAUGGAGAACAACGAUGACAACGCACCCUCGAAACGCUUCUACCGGCAGCAGGUGUGGACCACGAUGAAAGCCCUCUUCCCGCAGGGUUCGGCCUCGAGCAACUACGUCAACAGAAAGAUACCACUCUUUCCGGCAGCGGAACAGACGGCCGAGCGACUCGCCGAAACCCCCGAAUUCAAACAAGCGACGAACAUUAAGGUGAACAUCGAUAUGGCGCAGGAAGCGGUCAAGCUGCAGGUGCUGAAGGCGAACAAAACGCUGUUCGUCGCGCCGUCGCAAAAGUCCGACUACCUGUACGCGAAGAUCAAGCUGCCGAGCAGUGUGGAGGAGGUGCCGCUCGUCCAACAGAGACGCAUCGUCAAGAUGCUGGCCGGCGAGGACACAUACGAGGAGCUCGGCAUCGAUCAGACCGAACCGCUCGACAUGGUUGUGGUCGGGUGCGUGGCCGUCUCCGAGCGCGGCCAGCGCAUCGGCAAGGGCAACGGGUACGUUGACCUGGAGAUAGCGAUCCUGGUGCAGCUGGGCGUGAUCACGCCGAAGACGGUCAUCGCGACGACGGUGGCGGACGAGCAGGUGUUCAGCGAGCUGCAGGCGGACCUGUUCCAGCCGUACGACUUCACGGUCGAUCUGAUCGUGACGCCGACGCGCGUGAUACGCGUCGAGCCGCGGCCGGAGCCGCGCGCGAUCGGCGUCCAGUGGGGCCUGCUGUCGUCCCGCCGGCUGGACGUGGUGCGCGUGCUGAAGAAGCUGAAGGAGCGCCUGGAGUCGGAGGGCAAGCACAUCGAGCUGAAGGACGAGGACACGGACGUGGAGAGCUUCCGGAAGCGGCGCACGCGCGGCAGCGGAAGCGCCGGCGGCCAGCAGCAGGACCGGCGCCGCCAGUCGAACCGGCGCCGCCGGUCGACGCGCAACAGUGCGGCGGGCGAGGGCGGCAAGAGCGGCAACGAGCAGGACGGUGGUAAUGGCGACGGCGGAAACGAGAGUGGCGAGGGCGGUGGCCCGCGCAUGCGCCGGAAACGGCGCUACUCGCGCAAGCCGCGUCGCUACUCGCGCCGUGACUCGGGUGACUACGGCAGCCCGGACGGGGGCCGAACCGGCGGCGAGGAGGGCGGCGACGGUCAGCAGCACCAGCGGCAACGGCCGCACCCGGGCGGCAAGGGGGGCCGGCUGCGCCCGAACAAUAAGGCGGGCGCCGCGAACGGCACCAACGGGCAGCCGGCGGCGCAGCAGAAGCAGCAGCGGCCACCGCGCCAGCCGAAACCGCAGCUGCAGGACAGUGUGCGCAUCCGCGUGUCGAACAUGUUCUCGGUGCCGUUCAAGGAUUUCAAGGACGAGCUGCGCACGCGGGACUGCUACCCGGCCAAGAUUAGCCAGAGCCGAAAUGGGCGGUGCCUGCUCAUCUUCCCCAAGCGCGACGACCUGGAGGAGCAGGCGCAGGCGGACGAGCUGCUGCAGAAGCUGGCCGAUAUGCGCAUCUCGGUGCCGCAGAAGAACAGUGCCGAGCCGAAGCAGAUCAAGCUGAAGUGCGAGCUGCAGCCCAAGUCGAAGGACUUUGGCGAGAACGAUGCGACCUCGAUCGCGUCCGCCGCGAACCGGGCCGCCCGGAAAGCGAACGACGCCGGCCAGAAGCUGGGCGUGGCUGGUGCCGCCCCAACGGCUGACGGUGCAGAGCAGCAGGGCGAAGAGCCGGCGAACGUGAGCGAGCUGUUGCAGGAGGUGCUGGCGGCGACGCAGCUCGCCGCCCGGGCCGCCAAGGCAGCGAAGGCGGUCGUGGAGAAGGUGCUGCAGGAGUCGCUGGCGGAGGCGGACAGGGAGCCGGCGUCGUCGGAUGAUCCGGACCGAAGCAAAAAACUGCUCGCCCAGAUCGACGAGGUGACCAAAGCCGGUGCGGAAGCGCACGCCGCCGGCCUGAAGGCGGAGGCGGCCGUUGCGGCAGUGGCGCCACCGGCGGCGACGCCGGACGCCGACGGUGCCGAAACGGCGCUGCCAACGAAGGAGCAGGUCCCGGCGAUGGUCAGCGCGACCCAGGAGGUGGCUCGGGCUGCCGCCGCCGUCGCGUACGCCCUCGCCACACUGUUCGAGCUCGUUCCCCCGCCGCCGACCCGGUCCAGCGUGGCCGUCGCCCCGGUCUCGACCGUGGUCCGCCUGUUCCGCUCGCUGCUUCCUGCUAGCGCCAUCAGUAGCAGCAGCAGCACCUCCACCACCACCACCACCACCACCGCCACUACCACCACCGACACCAAUACCACUGCAACCGUGUCUUCUUAAUUUAACGCAGCGACAGGAGGACGAUGGCGUGCAACACUCACCUAAAUGUAUGGCUAGGACAACAAUCACACACACACACACACUUACACACAAAGAGAUAAGAUU